AUGUUGACAGUUGUAUAUUUAUCUUUGGUUCACCAGAGGGGCUUUAAAGGUGACAGGACCCUCUAUACAGAGGCUGAGUUUGGGGAGAGCACCCCAGCAGAGUACCCCACCCCACCCAAUACGGGAGUUGGCAGCAGGAACUCCCAAGCAGCCUCAGUGGGGGCAGGGGGUGGGGCCCGGGUGGAGAGGCCCCAUGGGUUUCUUCCGGGCACCUCCUCGCACUCCCUGAAGUAUUUUUCCACUGCCAUCUCGGAGCCCAGUCAGGGGCAGCCCCAUUAUGUCCUUCUGGGGUGCGUGGACGGUCAGGUCUUUGUUCAUUACGACAGCAACAGCCGGAGGAUGCAGCCUCGAGUCUCCUGGAUGGUGGGGAAGGAAGACCCCCAAUACUGGGACACUCAGACCCAGAUUCAACGUGGGAAUGAGGAGCCGUUCAGAAAAAACUUGGAGAUUCUGAGGCUUCUCUACAAUCAGAAUGAAGGCCUUCACACGUGGCAGUGGAUGUAUGGCUGUGAGCUCCUGGGAGACGGGAGCAAAGGAGGGUUUAUGCAGUUUGGCUACGAUGGGAGGACCUUCCUCACCUUUGACAAAGAGAGACUCACCUGGGUGGCUGCCGACCCCCAGGCCCAGAUCAUCCAGAGGAAUUGGGACGCUGUUCCAGGAUAUAAUCAGAGAGAGAAGGCCUACCUGGAGGAAGAAUGCAUUGAGUGGCUGGAGAAGUUGCUGUCCUACGGGAAGGAGACACUGCUCAAGAAAGAGCCCCCAGAGGUGACCGUGAGCAGCAGGACGAAGGACAUGGAGGAUGGGAUGGAGAUGCACGUCUGCCGCCUAGAUGGCUUCUACCCCAGGGAGAUCGAUGCCUCCUGGACGAGGGACGGGGAGGUCUGGCUGUACGACACCCUCCAUGGCUCCGUGGCCCCCAAUGCGGAUGGGACCUUCCACGCCUGGCUCAGCAUCCGGAUCGAUCCCAAAGAGAGGAGCCACUAUCGGUGCCACGUUGAGCAUGACGGCCUGGAGGAGCCUCUGGACGUGGCCCUGGAGGAACCAAAAUCCAUGGGGAACUCCGUGGGGCUCAUCAUCGGUUGCAUUGUGGCUGUGACAAUUGGUUGCAUUGUCCUGCUGUGUGUGAUUGUUGGGAUCUGGUUUUUCAAGAGACGUCAAGAUGACUACAAAAAAGUACUAACAAGUGACAGAAGAUCCAGCAGUUCCAGCCUCGGAGGCCGCAAACAGGGAGCAGUUUGCUGCUACAUCCUGUUGGUGUAA